AUGCAACCACGGAUUCCCGUGGAAAUUGUCGGUCUCAUCAUCGAUAUUGUGGCUCAAGCCGAAAAAAAACUGGAUGACCAGUGCAGAAAUAUUAAAGCAUGGUCGCUCACUUGCCGUGCCUUUCUUCCACAAUGCAGGAGCCAUAUUUUCGCCGAUAUCAACGCCGAUUCUUGGAAUAAACUACCUAAUUUAUGCCGCCUUCUCAAGGACUCGCCAUGGAUUGGACACUACGUUCCCUCGCUCAAACUCGGUCUGCCAUAUGGAUUCCAACGAGACUUACUUUCGGAGCUUCCGCAUUUGAAGAAUGUGGUUCGGCUUAAAUCCUUCUUCAUUGACGGGCACCUAAGUUCAUGGUUAUAUAUUCCACUACCUGUUCAAUCUAUCAUUUUACACCUCAUGCAUCUUCCGACUAUUGAUACUAUUGGUUUCAUAAACAUAUCAGACAUGUCGCCAUUACAUUUGGCACCUUGCAAUCUUGACAGUCUUACGCUGGAUGACGAGUCAUUCGAUGGCAAACGUUGCCCGGCACGCACCAUCAAGUGUCAUAGACUGUUUUUGAAGGAGCGCAAGACCAUUACCAAUACAAUCAAAACGCUGAGCAAAGAUCAAUUUGAUCGACGUCUACUGAAAUGCCUUCACCUGACCGCGACCACUGGCAUGUAUCAAGAUUCAGAGACUCUGCAUUGCCAACUCUUGACUGAGAUGCCUUUCCUCGAGGAGCUUGAGAUACGCUUAUUUGAAGAUAAUUUCUAUUACAACUUUUCAUCUGCACUGGCCUCCGCGCCUCCCACAUUGAAAUCACUCAAAAUCUGUAUUACAAUUGCCAGCCUUCGCGAUGUACCCCAUCUUGUCAAGGGGAUUCAACAGGCGGCCGACACAGUGGGCCACAUUGUUGAGCAUCUCACCCUUAAUGUUCUCUCAGAUACUAGCUCAAUUUUUCAGUUUCCUUUAGUUGAGGGCGUUCUUGAAGACCCUGGGUUGGCCGCCGAUACCCCCAUCAGCUCGGAGGGCAACGAAUUGAAACUUCGCCUCUACAAAUUUCUGGAGGACAGAAACGUUCGAUUCUUUUACUCCAUUACUCCUAGAAGCUUCCAGGAGAGGGACUAUGAGGUCGAGGAAAUUGAUUGGCAGGAAAUGGUAUGGGACUGA